AUGCCAUGGAUGCGAAGAGCUGGAUCGAACGAUUGGAGCAAAUCUUUGAGGCACUUUAUUGCACAGAGUUAUGUUGCUUUCAACUUAACAGAUGCGACAAACAAGUUGUGGAAGUCAACACGAGCACUCUUGCAGAUGGAACUAGAAGAUGGAGUCCCUAUCGCAUGGGAGUGUUUUAAGAAAAUAUUUUUGGAGCAUUUCUUUCCACAGACUCUUCGUGAGUCUAGGGCUCAUCAGUUUGCAGAUCUUAACCAAGGAACGAUGACGAUAGACCAAUACGCCACCAAAUUCAUGGAAUUGUUCUGUUUCGCCAGUUACUUAAUUACGGAUGAGGAAAAGAAAGCUGAAAAUUUUGAGCACGGCCUAAAUCGCAGGAUUAGGGAGCGUGUAUGUACUCUUAGGAUUCGGAGUUUCACGGAGCUGGUCACCCGAGUUACCAUUGUUGAAGAAGACAUUCAAGAAAUUUUUGACUACAAUAAUCAAAGGAAGCGACAACAACAACAACAACUCCAACCAGCAUCACAUCAGGAUAAGAGGCCUUUUCAGGAUAAUGGACAACAGCCACGACAGGGCGAGAUAGGAUGGCUCCCCAUGUGUGAGAAGUGUAGUAAGAGGCAUGCAAGGAAAUGUUUGAUGGGGACCGGAACAUGUUCCAAGUGUGGGAAGGAAGGAAAUCAUCUUUGA